AUGCCCAGCUUCCGCCGCUGGGGCAAAUCAAAGUUCGAGAGGAAUCCAGAGUCCUCGUUCAAGCUUCUUGCUGCCGUCCUCGUCAUAACCUUCUAUCUGAUCAUCAAGGAGUUUCAAAACCCAACUGUCCACCUACCAUUCACGGCGCAUCUGGGCGCGACCAUACAAAAUGCACACUGGAACGGGACUGGGAAGGCACAGGAUGCAAGGGCGGGAAAAGUGCGAGAUGCGAUGAAGUAUACUUUCCAGAAGUAUCGCGAGAGCGCAUGGGGUUCCGAUGAUGUACUGCCUGUAUCUGGAGGCAACUAUUCGUCGAGAAACGGCUGGGGCGCUUUCAUAGUGGACUCGGCAAGCACGUUGGCGCUCAUGGGCUUGUGGGAUGAACUAUCGCAUUCGAUUGAACACAUUCUUGGCGUAGACUUCACCGAAGCCGCCGGCCUCGUGGACCCUUUUCACACGACGACACGAUAUCUGGGCGGGAUGCUGUCAAUUGUGGAUUUAUACGACGCUGGCCUGAUACCGGAACACGUUCUGCAUGAGGAAGCUCGCGAUUUGAUACUGGAGCAUGCGGUCACUUUGGCAGAGAAGCUCGCUCCGGCAUACGAUACGCCUUCUGGCUUGCCCUGGCCACGCGUGGACUUUGAUACAGAACAAGGCGAGCCGAGUCCUACUUUCGUCUUCAGUGAAGACCCAAACAAGCGGCCGUACGACCAUCCAGUCAUUGGACCUGCCCGGGCUGGCUCAUCAAUCCUCGAGAACCGCGUAUUGACCCGCAUGACCGGCGACCCAGUCUACACCAAGAACUCCACGCUGGCAUGGGCGCCUCUUGUGUGGUCAAACUGGGCGACGCCUUGGCCAGGAAUGGUCGAUGCUCCCAUCGAUAUCAUGACUGGCUCUCCAGUCGCGCGCUCAAGGCACUGGGAUGGUGGACACGACUCGUACUAUGAAUACCUCCUCAAGAUAACUUUACUAGCUCCUCCGACCGAUCCGCACCUCGAUCUAUACAAAAAGCGAUUCCUCGACUCCGCAUACUCCUUGCGCAAGCAGCUCAGCUCCCGCUCAGCACCCGCCACAGAACACAUAAUGCAGCACCUAUUCAUCGGGCGGCAGGACGAUAAGCGAUAUCAGAACCACCAAGGUCAUCUUGCAUGCUUUGCACCGGGCACGCUCCUGCUAGCUUCAAAGUACUACCAGCAACCCUCUCUUCGCACCUUUGCCCUCGCGCUACUCGAAGGCUGCCGACACGUAUACACUUCCACACCCACGCACAUCGGCCCCGAAGCAUGGUCCUGGACACCCAAAGUCAGCUACGACGAGCCUCUCUUCUCCCCCACAUCCGAGCGACAACAGGAAGAAUGGACUAGAACCGGCAUCUGGGCUACCGAGCCCGCGUACAAAGGCCGGCCCGAAUAUGUCGAGUCACUCUUCUAUGCAUGGCGCAUCACGGGCGAACAGCGAUAUCGCAACUGGGCGUGGGAAGCUUUCACAGCUAUUGAAGAACAUUGCAAAGCGCCAUACGGGUAUGCGCAGCUUGCUGAUGUGUGGGCGACAAGCGGUGAGGAGAAUUGGGUCGAUAAGCAAGAAAGCUACUGGGCGGCUCAGACGCUGAAAUAUUUGUGGUUGACGUUUACUGAUAUCGAUACUGCGAGUUUGGACUUAUGGGUGUUUAAUACAGAGGGACAUCCUUUUAGGAUGAUAAGAUGA